AAAAAAAAUAGGGUUCAUCAGAAAUCCAGAAACCGUCACAGUUCAAUUUUACGAAAAAUCUCAGAAAUGGAGAAGUACGAGAAGCUAGAGAAGGUCGGAGAAGGAACAUAUGGCAAAGUCUACAAAGCGAUGGAGAAAGGAACUGGUAAGCUUGUAGCUCUGAAGAAAACUCGUCUCGAGAUGGACGAAGAAGGUAUUCCACCAACUGCUCUUCGUGAGAUCUCGCUUCUCCAGAUGUUAUCAACAUCGAUCUAUGUUGUUCGAUUACUCUGCGUCGAACAUGUUCAUCAACCAUCAACCAAAUCUCAAUCUACCAAAUCGAAUCUCUAUCUCGUUUUCGAGUAUCUUGAUACUGAUCUUAAGAAAUUCAUCGAUUCGUAUCGGAAAGGACCUAAUCCUAAGCCUCUUGAGCCUUUUUUGAUUCAGAAGUUGAUGUUUCAGCUUUCUGAGAUGGUCAGGAGGCAGGCUCUUUUCCCUGGUGAUUCUGAGUUUCAGCAAUUGCUUCAUAUCUUCAGAUUGCUAGGAACACCAACUGAGCAGCAAUGGCCGGGUGUGUCCACUCUGCGUGACUGGCAUGUUUACCCAAAGUGGGAGCCGCAAGACUUAACUCUUGCUGUUCCUUCUCUUUCACCUGAAGGAGUUGAUCUUCUCACGAAACUGCUCAAGUACAAUCCAGCCGAAAGAAUUUCAGCAAAAACAGCACUAGAUCACCCAUAUUUUGACAGCCUUGACAAGUCUCAGUUCUGAAGUGAAAACACACAAGUUGAUUGCUGAAUCUGUUGUCAUCGUCUUGGUGAAUUUAAACAUUUGGUUUAUGUUUGUUUCCGACAUAUCAGUGUCUCAUGUUUGGAUUAGAGAUUUGUAGUCUUUCAGAUGAAACUGCUAUAGCUUCUUUUCUGAAGUGAAUGUAUAACACAAUGGUGUGGUAGCAAUGAGAUGAUUUUCUAUAUAUUGCUUGUUUUUGUGUAAUCAAACAAACUUGAUGAU